AUGUGUGAUACAAGUGAUUAUGCAAUUGGUGCUGCACUGGGACAAAGGAAAGAGAAGUUGCAUGUUAUCGACUAUACAAGCAAGGUAUUAAAUGAUGCUCAAAGAAACUACACUACAACUGAAAAAGAGUUGUUGACAGUGGUUUAUGCUUUUGACAAAUUCAGGUCAUAUUUGAUUGGUUCCAAAAUUGUUGUAUACACUGAUCAUGCUGCUCUCAAGUAUAGAGUGACUCACAAAAUUGCAAUACCAUACCACCCACAAACUAGUGGUCAGGCUAAAAUAUCAAACAGAGAGCUUAAGAGGAUAUUGGAGAAGACAGUUGGAGCUACUAGGAAGGACUGGGUAAGAAAGCUGGAUAAUGCACUAUGGGCUUAUAGAACAGCAUUCAAGACACCCAUUGGAAGGUCUCCAUAUCAGCUUGCGUAUGGCAAGACGUGCCAUCUUCCUACAGAGCUAAAGCACAAAGCCUUUUGGGCUACCAAGUUUCUUAAUCUUGAAGCUCAAAUAGCAGGGGAGAAAAGGCUAUUACAACUCAAUGAAAUGGAAGAAUUCAGAUUAGAAGCCUAUGAGAAUGCUAGAAUAUAUAAAGAGAGGACUAAGAGGUGGCAUGACAAAAGGAUUGCAAAUCUUUGA